CCGGCCGUAACAACCGAGUCAAAAGCCGAGCUAGCUCUCCUCCCUUCCUUGCACUUUAAUUCUAUUAAAAGAGUGAGAGUUUUUCCAAAACAAAACCCGAUAAAAGGGGGAAAGAGGCCCGGGUUAUCCGAAUCGGGAGUUUUUCCGAAAACUGUGCUUAUUUGUCAAUAAACUCCCUUCGUUUCGGGAUAAUAAAGAAGCCUAAAUGACCAGCGGAAUCGGUGUGAGUGAUCGUUGUUUUGCCUCCUCGGCGAGAUGUUGCGACUCGGGUAGACGUCCGCCAUUGCGACUUCACUUCAACAAUUAUUUUAACACGAGUUUUAUUAUUAGAAACCGGCUGUGAUCUCAACCAACAAGUUCGUUUGAUUUUUUUCAAACAAAAAAAGUGUGAAGAUUCUUCGUGGGAUAGAAGUGGAGUGGAGCGGGAGCGGCGAGGGCCGAGUUGGAAUUCAGUCGGUCCGCGAACGUUGCUCGAACAGCGUCUCCGUGUAGACACGCACCUAUUUUGGAAAAAUCGUCAUCCUGUCGUUUCGUUUGAUGUGAUACAUUUUUAUUUCUCGUUAAUUAUUGUGAUAGUGGAUAUAAUUAGUGAUAAAGUGUGUUCAGUGCGUUUGAAGUCUCGAUUUUAGUUCAUUUUAGUAACCAGUAUUUUAAAAAACGACACGUGGUGAGACGUAUUCUCUCGGUACCGUCGAUUAUGGUGUAUUUUGUCCGUUGGGCGGAAUGAGCGGAGACUGAGGACACCGUGCCCGAGCGAAAAAGGAAAAAAGACGUAAUUUCUUUGACGAACCCAUGAAUGAAUGGGAUUGAGAGAGGCCUCGGCGAGGCGUCCAAAUGUGGUUGUCAUGGCCCCGGCGUUGACGGAAACGGCCCAGUCCCAAAAUUUCAAAUUCGCUUCGUCCGUGUCGUUGUCCCUGAAGGAGCACCAGUUGAAGAGGGCUGAUGUCGCGAAUGGUAUGAACGGCCUUUCGACGACCUCCCCCAAACCCACGACAUACUCGAUAAAUGGCAUAGCGAAAAAUCUGAAAAACGAAUUCUUAUUGUUGAACCAUCAUCAGCAGCAGCAGCACGAUGGAGAAUAUUCGGACCCGAAUAUAGGAUUCACGAUGAAUAGCGGUUAUGAAGAACCGUUGGCGAUGGGUAUGGUGAAACCUGACAAAGAGGCCGAGGAUAAAUCAGGCGAGGCGGACAUGCUGAAAAGCCUCGUCGUCGGGAACAGCGAAGAGUUAAGUUCGACGGACAUGGGCCAAGUCGAGGAGAUCCUCGAGGCCAUUCAAGGUACGAGUGAUUUCGAAUUCGAAAAGGACCUCUUCGACGUCGACGUCAUGAACAUGUGCGUCGAUGAGAGCCUCGUCGCAGUAAACAAGGAGGCCCUGAUAGACGAAAAGAUUGAUGAGGCGAGGAAAAAGUAUUUCCUCGUCACAAGGAAGUGCGCUUUCUUGGAGAGGAGGCUUAAAAAAAUCGAGGCGAGGACUUUGGGCAAGCAUACCGCGGAAGAGAUAACUGGGAUAAUAGAGUACACGACGAACAUCCUGGAGCAAGCCAACAGGGGGAGAUCGGAUUCCAAGCCAGUCCCGCUCUCGUCCAUGUCACUCUUCAUGAGGCAGAUGGACCACGCCGCCAACCAGCAGGCGACCAACGUCGCCAAAGGCUCCGCCAAGCAUUUCAAAUACUUCGGUUCAGGCUCUUCGUCUAGCAACCUGAUAACGACGUCGAACGGCCUCCGCUCCUCGCUCCCGGGCUCCGUCUUGCCUCCCUACAAACCGGAAAUCCAACGGGAGAUGGAAACCGUCUCCGGAGAAUUGUUCACCCAGCUGGAGAAGGCGGACCGUGACAUCGACUCUGAAGCUACGGAGACAAGCUCCGGAGGUGAAAGCGCCGAUGAAAAUGUUACCUACAACAACCAGCAUCAACAGUCUCUAUCCAUAAGUAAAAGGUGUUUUUGGAGAUGGCUUGAAGAGAGGGCAAAUCUGGCAUCAAGAUGGACCUGGUUGCAAUCCCAAAUAGCAGAUCUGGAAUACCGAAUUCGCCAACAGAAUGAAAUAAGGCGGCAAAUUAGGGUGGCAAAAGGGAUUGUCAAGUUGGAAUCUGACAAUAGUUGUGAGGAUGGAACUACAUGUGCUAGAGUAAGACCCCUGUCGCACACUAACUUCAACAAAAGGAAAGUGGUCCAGCUUUCAGGCUUUCACAGGCAUAACAAAAAGGUCGCUCGGCCAGCAUCCUUGCGAUGUGCUUGUAGAGGUGGGCUGUCAUCAGGUGCUAGCAUAGUUGGUUCUGUUUCUAGCAAUGGAGGAAACACUAAUGAACACUCAUGUGGCCUAUGUACUGGUCGAGCAGAACCGACUUGCCCUCGGGAUCCACUCGAGUUUGCGCCUGUCCAAGAAAGAGUUGCACUAUUGGAUCCCACCUUCCAUCCUGUUCUUUCUUUUCCUAGUGAUGUCUCUGCAAGUCUGCAUUAUGAUGCAAUUAUGAAGUGUACUGACUGGCAGACUCGUGCUUCAAGAAUCCAGGUGAAGCCUUCAAUGUCAAUGUCGUAUCAUCAUAUGAACAACACUAGUGAUACAUCUUUGCCCGAAAAUGUGAACUCUUUGGAGGCCAGAAGAGGAAGGAAGAUGACACAAUUCGCUACAACUGUUCCUACUUCAACAUUGAACAAUUUAAAUAGUAAUAGUAGUAGCAAUUGCACUACCAGCAGCAAACCUCAAACACAGAUUCUUAUGCAGGAUCAGUUAAUUGAUCUUGAAAGAAGUAAAUCUGCUGCCUUGGCUGUUUCAAACAAACUAAGACGAAAAAUUGCAAGAGGAAGGAGACGGCGGAAAAAUAUGGCUGUUGACCGAUACAAUAAACAUAAAAGAAAAAAUCAUGGUUUAUACCUAGGUGAUAGCGAAGGAUUUGAAAUGGGAGAGGAUACUAAUGACACUAUUAUGAGAUAUCCAUCGCCAGUUCCUUCCCCAGCACCAUCUGCAACAUCCAAAGAUAAGGAUUUGUCUAGUAUCAAGCGGAAAAGAGAGAAUUCUUAUGAUAUAGAUAAUAUUGUCAUUCCAUAUAGUAUGGCAUCUGCCACUCGUCUUGAAAAACUUAACUACAAGGAAAUACUAACGCCUAAGUGGAGGAGGAUCAAAGAUAAUGAACUUAAAAAAGAUAAUCUUGAUCAUAAAAAUGGAGUUGUUCGAAGAUCUAGUCAUGAAGUGGAGGGUUUUGAGGAUAUGAGUGAAGAAGCAUAUAUAUCAAGACAUGAAAAAUGUGAAAUAGAAGAAAGAAAAAAGUUUCUUAGUUACCUUAAAGUUCCCAAUUCAGGAGGAAGUGCAAUUACCGGUGGUGGAAGUAGGCAUAGAAGUCAUAAACGAGCUGAUUCCAGAGCAGAAUCAUCUGGACCUAACACACCUGAUGUUUGCUUAGACCCUAUGUCACCCAACGGCUCGAGGGAAGGAGGUGAUUCAUUAACAAGUCCACCUGCAACACCUCAAGCGGUCCAGUCUGAGCAGGGUAUGGAACAGAUACCUCAAACUUCAUCCAACCAGCCAACAUCCUCUUUACUUAUGGUUAGAAGGAGGACUGUAAGUGCUUCCAAAACACCAGGAGAUCAAAUUUUCGUUGAAUACGUAAAUGAGGUGAUGCCUUAUGAAGCUCGCCAAUUUCCGCUUAGUGAAGAGGCAUACACAAAAAUGUUAGCUGAGAACAGCGAGGCUAACCAGAAUGCAUACCCUACCUUUGAAGCUCACUAUGGGAAACAGUAUGAUUUGGAGAGUGUAGAUUCCCCCCAGAGUGUAACAACAGACUCUGCAGACUCCCUUAUUGGUGAAGAUCCAAACGACCCAGAGUGGACUUCAGCCGAGAAGACAGAAAAAACGAAGAGAUAAACAAUAAUAAAUUGCCUCUUACCAAAGUUAUUUUGUAGAUUUAUGGACAUUAGAUUUGCAUGGAUAUAAUUUGUAUAGUAAACGUCGUCUUGUAUUCAUUUGAUUUAAAACAUGCCACUUUGUACAUAGUUAAGUCCCCAUCCCCAGGGCAAUGCAUAAUUAAAAUUAAAUGAACAAUGACAGUAACAAUAAAUAAAACCUGGAUAAAUCAAGUUGUAUGCUUUUUCCUUAUGUUAAUUUCUUUUCAAUUUUGCAUAUUUAUAUAUGUAUACAUACCUAUAUGUGUGUAGGAGAAUUCUGUGAAUUUUUUUCUUUUUACAUUUUCUCAAAUAAAAUACUUUUUUAUUUUACUUUUUCACA